GCUGUUGCGAUGAGGGUGGAGGCGGUGCUGCGGCUCUGCUCGCGCCUGGAGCUCCGGUACCAGCAGGGACAGCGACCGGAACCUGGAAUCCGCGAAUAUUUUUAUUACGUAGAUCACCAAGGACAGCUUUUCCUGGAUGACACCAAAGUCAAGAACUUCAUCACCUUCUUCAAAGGACUUUUGGAGAUGUUUAAAGAGCACUGGACACUGCCACAGGAGGAGAGCUACCUUCUGAGCGAGGAACUCUUGCUGCUUAUGGAGUACAUGGAUGGAGGCAUUCUGAGUGAUGUCAUCAGCCAGACCUGCCUGUCUGAAGAUGAGAUGGCAGCCAUCAGUCGGGAGUGCCUGCAAGGACUGGAUUUUCUUCAUUCAAACGAUGUGAUCCAUCAAGAUGUGAAGAGCAGCAACAUCCUUCUCAGAACUGACGGUUCUGUCAAGCUGGGCUCAACACCUGAUAGCCACAGUGGGGACCCCAAAGCUGCAGCAGCCCAAGCUCCUCUCAGCUUUGCUGCGUGACUUCCUGAGCUGCUGCCUGCAGAGAGAUGAGGAGCGGUGCUGGUCUGCCAAGGAGCUCCUGCAGGUAAAAUGUGAAGGGGGUGCAGGUGAAACAGGCUCUGAGGGAUGGGCUCCUCCUCCACUCAAGUCCAAGGCAUCAGAUGAGCCCUCUUCCUCCUCACCUCCACUCUUGGUGCUCUUCAGAUUAAAACGGUGAGGAAUCCUAGACUGGGCUGGGCUGGCAGGGCCCUGUAAAGGUCCUCUGGUUCACGUGUCCUGCAAUGAGCAGGGACGUCUUUAAAGAGAUCAGGUUGCUCAGAGCCCUUUGCCACCGGAGCCAGAGUGGUUGCAGGGAUGGGGCACCUACAAGCUCUUGGGGCAAGCUGUGCCAGGGUUCCACCAUGCUCCAAGUAAAGAAGUUCUUCCUUAGACCUACUCUGAUUAGAUGCCCUUUGUGUUUAAAAAUAUUUGUCCAUAUCCUAUUGUAACUGGCCCUGUUAAAAAAGAUGUCUUCCACUUUCUUCAAAGCCACUCUGAAGUCUUGGAAAGUGGCAAUAAAGUCUCGCUAGGGCCUGUUCUUCACAAAACUGAAAAACUCCACCUCUCUCCUCAUUUCCUGAGAGGAGAGGUGCUCUGUCCUCUGAGUGUUUCUGUUGCCCUCUUUUGUGAUUUGGUGGGGUGUUCAGUUUUAUCUAAUGGCAAAAGAAUUGAAGUAGAGCAAUGCAGGGUACAGAGACAUGAAAUGGUGGUGGAGGAACCCAAGGAAGCCAGUCCCAUCUGAGCAGUCAGAGAUUUGGCUGUGGGCAGGAGGGGCUGUGGGGGGCUCACUGUGAGCCUCUGAGGGGCCCUGGUUUGUGCCCCCCCGCCCACCCUUAGAGGUUUCUGCCACGCAAACAGGGACAGCUGGGAGGGACUUGUCCCAGCCCCAUCUGCUGCCUGGCACGCUCAAGCAGAUGGGAACUGCGCCAGGGUUACUGCCAGAUUGUGUGGCAGAGAGGAACUGCAGGACCCAGUGCCACUGGGCUGGCCCUGCUGGGAAGGAAGGUGCCAUCCAGCACACGAGGACAUGGGCAUGGAAAGGUAGACACUGCUUUCUGUCCCUGUGGGAAUUAGCACAGUGCCUGUCUUUGAAAGGCAGGGACCUAUGUGAGCCCUUGGAGUUUCCUGAAAGGAAGAAAACCCAGGGACAGAAAGCACCAUUUCUAGAGCACUGGCAGGGCAAAAAUCCCAGCGUGAUGAAGACAUCACAAUAAACAGAUAAGUGGGAUUCUGGGCCACAUUUGCCCGUGAUGGCAAGGUCUUGCUCAUUGGGGAUGACUGGGGAGCAGAUGGUCCCAUUGCUCUUCUUUCUGGGUCUUGCUAGGAACUUGAUGUAUCCUGAUUGAGUCUCUGAAGCACUGAACUUGGAAAGUAAUGGUUCACUGUUCUUUAUUGUAUUUUUUUUUCCGGUGGACAGCAUCUAUUUGUAACUUCAGCCAAGCCAGCAUUCAUCCUGGCACAACUCAUCAAUUCAGUGAAGAAGAAGAAUAGCCCUAACCCUAAACCCUAACCCUAAACCCUAACCCUAACCUUAAAUGUUAACCCAAACCCAAACCCUAACCCUAUCCCUAUCCCUAAUCCUUACCCUAUCCCUAGCCCUUACCUUAACCCCAACCCUAAGCCUAAGCCUAAACCUAAGCCUAAGCCAAACCCUAACCCUAACCCUAGGAGAUGAGAACGUAACAAUCAAGUCAAGAUGUUAUCUCUGUUACCAAUUUAGAGUAGGAUUGUAGAGUAGGGUUGUUGAAGAGAUUUGUAGCAUAGGAUUAUAGAUUAGGGUUGUAAUUAAUUAAAGUUUCUGAAACAUCAACUCAUUUGGAAGAUUCUCCUCCUUCUGACCCCUUCAGAAAAUUCAACAUUUCCUUCUGAAUUAUCAGUUGUUUUUUAUUGGUGCUAAGUCACACAUAUGGCUUCUUUUGUAUGGUUUCAUAAGUGAGGAGGGCUCUUCUUCAUUCAUCC